AUGGAAGACACAGAUGAAAUUAAUAUUUCUCCACCUAAACAACCUAAGGUUGAUUCUUCUUUUCAAGAUGCAUUUAGUGAAUUAAAGAAAUCAGAAUUUUUUAAAGAAGCAGUGCCUGGCCCUUCUAAGACUAAGGAUACCUCAAAAUUUAAUACACUGUUAGUUAACUUGAAACAAAAAGGAAACCCAUUACUAAAAUUCAUAACAAAUGUACCUUGGGAAUAUUCUGAGAUUGUGCCAGAUUAUGUAAUGGGAAAAACUUGCUGUGCUCUUUUCUUAUCAAUUCGUUAUCACCAACUUAAUCCUGAUUAUAUUCAUGAGCGUUUGAAGGCCUUGGGAAAUGCAUAUAAUUUAAGGGUCCUUUUAGUCCAGGUAGAUAUGGCAGAUCCUCUUCAUACUUUAAAACAUUUAACAAGGAUAUGUAUUCUUGCGGAUUUAACACUAAUGCUAGCAUGGAAUGCAGAAGAUGCUGGCAGAAUUAUUGAAACAUAUAAGAUUUAUGAAAAUAAACCCCCUGAUGCAAUUAUGGAUCGUAGUGAAACAGCACCAUAUCAAAAGUUGGUUAACUCUUUGACAACUAUAAGAUCAGUUAAUAAAACAGAUGCAACAACUCUUUUAUCAACCUUUGGUACACUGAGUGAUCUGAUAAAGGUAGAGCCAGAAUUACUAGCUUUGUGUCCUGGUAUUGGAAUGCAAAAAGCAGAACGAAUUUAUAAAACAUUACAUGAACCAUUUUUACGUGCACCAAAGCCUGUUAAAAAAUAA